GCCACUGCUUUGACUUGUCUUAAUGACUCCACUGAAAGUUUUACCAUUGCUGCCACUCAGAUGGACCCGAUUCAGAAAGCUGUAAUAAAUCAUACAUUCGGGGUUCCUCUUCCUCAUCGAAGAAAGCAAAUUAUAUCAUGCAACAUUUGCCAGUUGAGAUUUAAUUCCGAUAGCCAGGCUGCGGCCCACUACAAAGGCACGAAACAUGCCAAGAAGCUCAAAGCACUGGAAGCCAUGAAAAAUAAGCAGAAAUCUGUAUCUGCCAAGGACAGCGCAAAGACUACCUUCACCUCCAUCACUACCAAUACCAUCAAUACCAGCUCUGACAAAACAGACAGUACCACAGGGACACCAGCAAUAUCAACGACCACUGUGGAAAUUCGCAAAAGCAGUGUUAUGACAACUGAGAUCACCUCUAAAGUGGACAAAAGCCCCACAACAACGACAGCCACUGGCAAUAGCUCGAGUCCUCCUACGGAGACUGAGGAAGAAAAGGCAAAACGGCUUCUUUACUGUUCGCUAUGCAAGGUUGCUGUCAACUCCGCCUCACAGCUGGAGGCACACAACAGUGGUACUAAGCACAAAACUAUGUUAGAAGCCCGGAAUGGCAGUGGAACUAUCAAAGCCUUUCCUAGGGCAGGCGUGAAAGGUAAAGGACCAGUUAAUAAGGGAAAUACAGGCCUGCAGAACAAAACAUUUCACUGUGAAAUCUGUGAUGUGCACGUCAACUCGGAAACACAACUUAAACAGCACAUUAGCAGUAGAAGGCACAAAGACAGAGCUGCUGGAAAGCCCCCGAAACCUAAAUACAGUCCUUAUAACAAACUACAGAAGGCAGCACAUCCACUGGGGGUAAAAUUAGUAUUUUCAAAAGAACCUUCAAAGCCAUUGGCUCCACGAAUCCUACCAAACCCGCUGGCAGCUGCCGCAGCCGCUGCGGCUGUGGCAGUGAAUUCCCCCUUCAGUCUUCGAACUGCCCCAGCAGCAACGUUGUUCCCGACGUCCGCCCUUCCGCCGGCACUCCUGCGGCCAGCUCCUGGACCCAUUCGGACCACCCACACUCCUGUGCUGUUUGCUCCUUACUGAAUUCCAAACGGGAGUCAUUGUACUGCAAUAAUUUUUCAAAAAACAAAACAAAACAAAACAAAAAAACAAAAGAGAACUAUGCAGUGUUUAUUUAUAGUUUAAAGUAUAUCUGAAGAGCCAGGACUUUUGAUAGUGAAUUUAAAAGAUUAUUACAAAAAAAAAGAAAAAAAAGGAGGGAGGUUUAGGGAUGGGAGGGCAGGGGUGGUAUUUUCUCCACAUUCAAGCAUUCCUCUUGAACAUUGAUUGUUUUAGAAGUGAUCUCCAGCAUUGACUUGUAGUGGUGUCUAGAACUUCGGAAGCCUUUGUGACUGUGCUUUUGGGCACCUGUUUCCCUCUGCAUUGUCCUUCCUGCUUUAUGAGACAACUAUAUAUUGUCUAAGGGCAUUAACUGGUUCCAAUGUAUAUAUAAUAAUUUACCCUGUAGAUUAAAAUAAUACAAAAAAAAGAAAAAAACAAAAAACAAAAGCAACACUGUGAAUAGUAGUACCCGUGCUGGUCCACUUGCUAUGACAGCAAUUACUGGGUAUUUAUCCCAACAAAAGUAGUUACAGUAGAUGUCUUGUAACACAAUAUAGUGCUGUGUCUCAAUCCAUGCCACUAGAUUUUAAAGAAUUGCAAAAGGUAGAAUGAACAACUGUUUCAUGCCAGUAAGCAGUCAAAAAAGAAAAUUAAAAACAGACCACCAAUGGUGUUGUGGAGGUCUCCUGGGUCCACGCUCUGCCCCUCCUAUCCAACUCAGAGAUGACUCGCUUCAGAACAAUAGAACAGGGCCAAGCGCAGAGGUAGGGCAGAUGUUAAUGAAGUUGAUUUCUUACAAAGUAUCAUUUUCCCAACCUGAAGCAACAUUGCUGGAAAUAGGGUAAUUUUUGUAAUGAACCUAUAUCUGAAAAGCAGGUAAAACCAUGCAUCAUGGCUGUUUAAAAAGAAACCAGUACAGCACUUCUGUUUCAUGGAUAAGGGACAAUCAUAACCCAGGAUGAUAAUGCAAAGUAAAGAUUUUUCAUGUUAGUUCAUAUCCAAUAAAAACAGAGACUAUGGUAUCUCUGCAUAUCCCUUUAUAUCAUACCAGUAGGGUUGUCUCUUAGGCAAAGGUUCCUGCUUUGAAUAUGAUGGUAGACAUUAGCUAUUGAGGUGGGGUAUUUGUUGUCUUUUUAUUUCCUACUGAUAUGAUAUAAACAAUUAAUAUAUAUUUAAAUGUUAGUAAAACAAGAAAAAUGAAUCCGAAAUAAUUGCAGACCAAGGAUAUAGUGUUAAAAAAAUACUGGUAAGAUGCACUUGACCAUCAUUUCUCUAGUGGAGUUGUGAAAUACAGCCUUUGAUAUGCACCGUAAGGCUGAAAGGCGUUGAUGUUUUACCUUUAAAACAAGAUUUAUCAGGGGUAUAUAUAAAUAUAUGUAUAUUGUAUAUAUGUUAGAAAGAUUAAGAGAAUAACUUAUAAAAAGAAAAUCUAUAUAAAAUAAUUAUAUAACCAUCCCUUGUUACACGUUAUCAUUAAGUUGGUAACAAAUGGCAUAAAAAUAGCUGUGCCUUUAAUUUGUGAUAAAGGCUAUUUGCUUUUUCCCAUAGAUAGCUAACAUAUACCUAUCACUAUGAUGGGGUUCGAUGCAGCCAGUCUGUUGCAUUAAUAAAAACAAUGACACUCAAACUUAGAACACUGAUAAAACGUGUACAAAUCAACCCACAUGAUUUAGGUUUAGAGAAAAAAAAAUAUUUUUGAAAAGGUUUUGUAAAGACUAUUUAAAAACAUAGGAAGGGCUGGAUAUGACCUUCCUGAAACUGCUCUUAUCUAAACUGAGAGGUCUAAAGAUACAAGGUGAAAUCAUUUGAGACAUAGGUAUUUAGCAUUUGUCAUUUUAUAUUUAAGAAACACCCAUAGCGUGCUUGGUGCUCAACAUUAACCAUGGUCUUUGAAGUUCUCUACCAUCUAGCUAUAGACAUUUGUCAUGUAAACAUAUCUCUAAAGCAGGCGGCUUUAUACAACUUUUGUUAAACAAACAACCAAAACACAAAAAAAGAAAAGAAAAAAGGGACAGAAGGGAAGAGGGCAGGCAAGCAGAAAGGAAGAAGAAAAACUAUUUCAUCAGUCUUUGCUAAAAAGAAUUUUAAAUUAUACGUCUUGGUUAAACAUGUUGGUUAGCAUUAAAAUUUGGUUUUGAGAGUUAUCUGGUGAUUUUGCAUUUACCGAUAUCUCUCCUCUCUGGUCUUCGCAAGUGUUUGUUUUCACCCACGCUCUGCUAGUUCAGGCAGGUGGAGAGUUCAUCAUGAUUUGUUGUUUGGGACUGUGUCUAUAUCUCAUGUGACCAGCUUCUGACCAUUUUGAAUUUUACUUUCCUUUUUAUGAAUCCUUAUCCAACAAUCUACAUCUGAUAAGCCUCUCCGUACUGUUGGAGAACUCAGUGUUAAUUGAUGCAAUCUCACUACACGUGCUUUCCCUGCUCCUCCCUGUUUUCACUAAGGCAAAUGAGCCAGUCCACUAGAAGUCAGGGCCUGUGGGAUACAAGAGUCCUGGUUCACAAGGUGAAAUGAUUUGCUGGGAACGAACAAAUCAGCCAUAUUUUCUCCAUCAGCCAUAUGAAAAAAACCCCAGAAAUACGUAAAUCCUUUCUGCCUCACUUCGCUAUGGAACCAUUUUUGUUUAAAUGGUCUCUUAAAUUGGAGUUGUAAUCAUCAGUUGUCUUUUACUCACUACCUAAUAAAGGAUGAAGCCUAAGCUUAGAACUUA